AUGGGGACGGUGACGUCGACGAUGGCGGCGAAGUUCGCUUUCUUCCCGCCGACUCCGCCAUCGUAUCAGGUGGAGGUAGACAAGGCGAGUGGGAAGGUUAAAAUGGUGGGGCAGGGGAUCGGCGUCAAGGAAAAUGUUGACGUAUGGAAGUUGGACACGAAGAGAGGGAAUCAGGUAGUGGCGGUGUAUUUUAGGAACCCCGCCGCUUCCCUCACACUUCUCUACUCUCACGGUAAUGCUGCCGAUCUGGGGCAGAUGUACGAUCUGUUUAGUGAGCUGAGUUUGCAUCUCCGAGUCAAUUUGAUGGGGUAUGAUUACAGCGGAUAUGGGCAGUCGACGGGAAAGCCAAGUGAGCACAAUACGUAUGCUGAUGUAGACGCUGUGUAUAGGUGCCUGGAAGAGAAAUAUGGGGCAAAACAAGAAGAUGUCAUUUUGUAUGGACAAUCAGUCGGUAGUGGACCUACUCUAGAUUUGGCGAUUCAGUUGCCAAGAUUGAGGGCUGUUGUUCUCCACAGCCCCAUUGCUUCUGGUCUCCGUGUGAUGUAUCCUGUCAAGAGGACGUAUUGGUUUGACAUAUAUAAGAAUGUUGACAAAAUUCCAUUUGUAACAUGUCCAGUGCUUGUGAUUCACGGAACUUCUGAUGAUGUUGUGGACUGGUCUCACGGCAAACAGUUGUGGGAACUCUGUCAAGAGAAGUACGAGCCAUUAUGGGUGAAGGAAGGGAACCAUUGUGAUCUGGAGAUGCAUCCACAGUACAUCAAGCAUCUCAAGAAGUUCAUAUCAGCCAUUGAAAAAUCUGGUGUGAGGAUUGGAUCCAUUGCACCCAUAGAACUGUCCCAGAAGCCUAGGAAGAGCACAGAUGUGAGAGAACCUUCUAGAUCAAGCGUCGACCAAAGAGAGAAGGUUAGGCUGAGCACGGAGCUCCGAGAAAAGGCUAGGCCUAGCAUGGAUUGGAGAGAAAAAUCAAGAGUCAGUAUUGACCGGAGGGAAAGGUCAAGGAAAAGUGUGGAUCGGCCUGAGAAGGAAAACCUUAGUCUGGAUCAGCAUGAUAAAGCAAGGAACAGUAUUGAUCGUUUCGGUUCCAUGAUACGUUCUGUUGGAUUAUGCAAUAUUGAUUGUUUCAAGCCCACAGCUACAGCUCUCUAA